UCCCAUACGGGUAUCUGCUUUGGAGAGACUGAGCAGAGGCGGGAAAUGGCGCCUGGUAACACAACGAUGUGUCGUUUCGGAGACGGCCCUUGAGUAGAUACACAGAAAAAGUCGGAUCAGAUCACGAAAACAACCGCUGCCUCUGUUGUGAUGGUUAAUCGGUCUUGAGUCCUCAUCGCCAGACACUGCGGAUCACCGUAAACCUUACAUGUGACUGCUAAAACAAUGAGGCUGAGAAUGCGUAAGGCGUCUCAGCAGCCGAACCCCAGUCUGGCAAGCCGCCCAUCUCGUACCAAGCGGAGGCAUUCAGAAGUAGAAGAGGAUACUCCUACUAGCGGAGGGAGGGGCUUGUUCUCGACCAUCAAGAAGUUCAUCAGAGGAAAUGCUGUUAAGGUGCAGCAGGAGAGCCCAGCCAAGAAGACACGCCUCCACUGUGAUGUGGACAACAACCUGAUCACCUCCACACCCCCGAACACCAACACCCCCCGCAGGACUAUCACCAGGGUUGGCAGGAGAGGUUCUGUCAAUGGACAGGCAACCAAUCAUGACAGGAGUAAGGAGAAGCCCAAUGGCAGUCUGGAGGAGACGACGGCCGUUGAGGUGCCCACCAGCCCUCCCAGGACCACCCUUCUUGGGACCAUCUUCUCCCCUGUUUUCAACUUCUUCUCACCAGCUAAAAAUGCCUCUUCUGGCUCAGACUCCCCAGACCAGGCAUUGGAGGCCGAGGAGAUAGUCAAACAGCUGGACAUAGAACAAGCUGUGGAGACGCCCACCAGCACAGCCACAUCCACACAGGAACUGUGUGCCACCACUAACUUCUACUCUAGUGUAUCACAGCUGCCACCUCUGCGGCCUCCCCACAUCCCUGAGGUGUCUCCUGCGGCAGGGGAGGGAGAGCUCUGUGCCGAUGCUGACCUUCCACCCCUCACAGCUCCAGGCUCCAGUCCAGAUAUGGCAUAUGUGGACUCUCCUCCCACUGCAGUACCACCAGAGGCAACCUAUGAGGAAGACUGGGAAGUCUUUGACCCGUAUUUCUUCAUCAAGCAUGUCCCCCCACUGACGGAAGAGCAGCUCACUCGUAAGCCGGCCUUGCCACUGAAGACACGCAGCACGCCUGAGUUCUCUCUGGUCCUAGACCUGGAUGAAACGUUGGUUCACUGCAGUUUAAAUGAGCUGGAGGACGCAGCACUUACCUUCCCUGUCCUCUUUCAAGAUGUCAUUUACCAGGUGUAUGUGCGCCUGAGGCCGUUUUUUAGAGAGUUUCUGGAACGCAUGUCUCAAAUCUAUGAGAUCAUCCUUUUCACAGCCUCUAAAAAGGUGUAUGCAGACAAACUGCUCAACAUCUUGGAUCCUAAAAAGCAGCUAGUUAGACACAGGUUGUUUCGAGAGCAUUGUGUUUGUGUCCAGGGAAACUACAUCAAGGACCUCAACAUCUUGGGCAGAGAUCUGUCAAAGACCAUCAUCAUCGACAAUUCACCGCAAGCCUUUGCAUAUCAGUUGUCCAAUGGGAUUCCCAUAGAGAGCUGGUUCAUGGACAAGAAUGACAAUGAGCUGCUGAAGCUGGUUCCCUUCCUGGAGAAGUUGGUCGAGAUGAAUGAGGAUGUGCGGCCGCACGUUCGGGAGAGGUUCCGGCUUCACGAUCUGUUGCCCCCUGAUUGAACUGGACCACAGUCUCAGAACGGGACAACAUGAAAAGACUGAAAACAACAUGCGUGUAAAAAGCCCCUCUUUGGAUUACAAACUACAACAUUGCCAUUACUGUUAAAAAUUUUAGCCUUUUUUUGUUUUUAAAUCCACCGUUGCUUUUUAAGAAACUUCAAAAUGAAAAAACAUUUUUAAAGAUCUGGGCGAAAUUUUCUAAAUAUCUAAAUGUAUAGAUGAAAUUACACGCUAUGAACAAGCCCAGGCGAACUCCUCUCUUUUUGACUGACUCUCCUGCUGUGGAGCCGGACAUCUCCUCCACACUAAAUUCUGAAGUCUUGGUGCUGGUUUGGUGGAUGUAAAAACGCCACCUGGUAAAGAGGAACUCCGCCCCAACCAACGAGUCCCUGAACCCGAACCGACCCCCUGGUGCUCACGCUGUUGACGCUGACGAAUAACCACACUCUGUGGCUACAGACCAUUUUCAACAGGAAUGACUGGCCUGUAAAUCAAUCUGUGCAUGUGUGUAUGUUUACUCCAAGCCACACACACACACACUCACUGAUUUGGUGUUUGGCAAACCUACAAUCUGUAGCCUUUAAAAUCAUAUGCAUUCCUCCGUAGCUGAGUCAAGUUUCUAUUGUUGGUUGCAGUUUUUUUUUUCUGGUAAAACUGGUGUUUCAUUGUUUAAAAAAAAAAAAAAAAAGAUAGCGUUUCAAAAUGUUUUACUUCUGUUUGUAAGAUAUGAUGUUUUAAAAGGGGUCGUGUAAGUUUUUAUUGUAAGCCUUUUUUUUUUCUAUUAGGAGAACAUGGGUGCGUAUUAAUGAUGACAGUCCACUGCAUAGUCAAAUGAAAUGGGAUUAAUCCAGGACUUUAAGUAUAGUUUGUUCUCAUUCUAACAAAUAGAGGUUUAAAUCAAUGUGUUGGCUUCACUGUGGACACAACAUGGCUCCUUUAAUUAAAUGUUAGGAUUAAGAAUCUCCUUACCUGUAAAUCUGACAUAUUGUAAAGGUUUGAGGGCAUUCAUUUUCAAAGUGAUAUGUGUUAACCUUUCGUUGAUAAUAGUAUUUGAUUUGUCAUUCGUCUAUAAUCAGUAUUGUCUUUUACUCCUAAUCAAGUAUUCUGGCUAAAUCGGAGCUCUGUUUCUUUCGGUUGUCAUGUGUGAUUCGAUGGCUAUAUCAGUAGCAUUAUGACUAAUGUAGCACAUCUCUGCCAGUGUGUCAUGACGUCUACCCAUGGUAGAAACCCAUGGCCAGACUGUGUACCAGCCAUACCUGGCACCAGCAACAUACUGUUUUAACACGUCACUGCUCCUCGACCUGUUUCAUACUUUUAAGCUUUUUUCUGUUUAUGUUUUAUUGCAGUUUUUAAAGCGUUGUGUUUCAGAAUGGUAACUUUAUGAAUGUGUUUCUGCCCGACAUCAGCCUGGACACUCAAGCCAAACUGACAUUUUACUCCUCUGUGGUUCCAACUUAAUUUAUUUAAUAGUGAGACAGACAGUAGGUAGAAAUGUAGAUGUUUCGUUGGCAUCUUCACAAGCCGAACUAAACGUGGGAGGUAAAGACGACUUCUGUCAUCGCCCCCAAAACCCUCGAGCUGACUUGAAUCUCCGUGACAAUUUGGCAUGCGUUGAACCUUUUUCAGUUCUUGUUUAGUUUCAAUCAAAGUGCUUUUUUUUGUUAUGUUAAAGCAAAUGUGAGUGUUUGGAUUUGUCUAGGUUGCCUGUACAGUGCCAUACAGUUCCUCUCCUAACUAAUCCCCUCCUAUGGCAUUUCCUGCGCUCUCGCCCCCAAAAAAACGCUUAGAUGGAAAGAGACAAUCAGACCUCAAAGCUCUGCAGAUACUGAACCAUGGAGACACCCAGCCUUCCCCUAAUUUUUUAUUUUCGGUGUGCUGUAUGUGUUGUGUACUGUGAUUCCAUUGAGUUGUACCCCCCGCCCCCUCCUCCGCUCUCUCAUGAGUAAAUUUGCCAGGUGAAUCCUGCUGUGCCCUGCCCAAACAAUCCCUGCUGCUCACUUAACACAGGCUCUGCUCAGAGAUGGUUUCCAUCCCGUUAGCGCCUGCCUGUCUUUGCCUUUUUUUUAUUUUCACCAGAAGUUAGUAGCUCUCCGGAAAUUAGAAUUAGUUUGUAUCAAAGUAAAAUUGUUACAGGGCACAAUGGUGUUUACUCAGACGUGAUGUCAUGAGUACACAUGUCCAGACUAUGAAUGUAAAUUGUACAUGGGGUGAAGUCUUAAGUGUCUUUCCGAAUUCCUCGUGUUGUUUUCUCCUCGUCCGCUACAACAGAUAGAUGAGGAGGGAUGGCAGCUUGUGUCUGCCGCUCACAGGCGAGAACAAUGUGCGUGGAAGAGGAAACAUGUCUUGAGGUCCCGCCAUGGUAGCCCCCUCCCUGACCCCCCCUCAUGACCUCUCACUAUCCUGACUGCCAUCUUUCGGUAUGCAAGCCUCACUGCGAGUGUGCGAUGUAGCCCGGGUGUGCUCGUCCCCUCAGUAUGAUCAUGUGUAACUAGUCGCGGCUUGUUCCUGAAGGAUGGGUGGGAGGCAUUUGAUACUUUUCAUCCCGCUCAUUUUUAUGUGCAUUACCAGUUUAUUGUACACUGAGUGUUGUACAAUACAUGCAGCUUCAUGUUUAAAAAAUCCUUAAAGUAAGGAAAAAUCUUUUGUAUUUUUGAUUUCAAAAGGCAUGUCAUAUCUACUUUUUAAAUGUAUUAAUGAAGAUUUAACUUUACAUCAGAUGGAGUGUUUUUUUUUUUUUCUUACAAAUAUCUGUAUGUUUAGUUUAGCGCAAUGUCACUGAACUGUUAAACUUAGCAUGUAGAGAAUACCGCUUGCUUUGUGGGAAAGUCCUGAAUUAAAUUUUAAUCAUGGC